AAUAAUAAUAAUAAUAAUGAUUUCGGUUAGAGUUUAGGGUAGGGACUUCCCGAGCAUUCCGGCUAGCACUAACCCUUUGACAUUUUCACUUAUCACUCGUCUACUAGCUAACAGGAACCUGAUCCAGUAACCUCGCAUAAGUAUUCUUUCUCACUUCACCUCCAGGUCUGCUAUAUUCUAACGAUGCUCCUCCACUUCUGCCCCCAGUGUGGCACCAAGCUGCAGCCUGGCUUCCGGGUCUGCCCCUCUUGUGGGGACAAGCUGCCAUGUGCUGUGGACACCACUGGACCCCUGGAGGCUGUGUCCUCUGGAGUCCUUCAGCUUAACGUCACUGAUGGCGUAACCAACAUUACAGCCAACACUAGCACUCCAGCUACUGGCACAGCUGACUAGCGGGGACGCAGGAGGUAUGUGGUCAAGUUGUGGGGGGAUUUUUUGCGGUUGACACAGGGCCUCAUCUGCGCCACCACCAGCCCUGUGUCGACCCGCCCCCCACUGCGUAGGACCCGUAACUCUGCCCCCACGGCCCGGAGCGAGUAAACUCCUAGUAGUAUAGCCAGUCCCCCUGUCACUGCCUCCCCAAAACAUGCUGCAGAUCAAAGCCCCAAAACAGUGAUGUCUCCACGAAGACGACGUACUGUCACCCCAAAAGUGGAACAGAUUAAAGAGGAAGCGUCUGUGAAGCUGGCUUCACCUGUCUCUUCACCUCUCCCCAGGUCCCCCUCCACAGUCAAGGGGAAAGUGAAGAAGGGCAAGCGGGCAUGUGCUGUGGAGCCACUGCAGGAAGGGGAGGAGCUUUGUGACACAACAGGCAGGAAGUGGAGGCUGGUGAAACUGUUGAGUCAGAGCGAAGCUGAGCUGUUCUAUGGAGUCCAGCAGAACGGGCCAGUUGCCAAUUCCGGUGACUACAAACACAUGCUCAAACUAGGAGCUAAAGAUGGGAAGUUCUUUAAUGAGCAGAACUUCCUACAGAGAGCUGCCAAGCCCUCAUCAGUUGACAAGUGGAUAAAGCACGCCAAGAUGGACUUCCUUGGGAUUCCUUCCUGUGUAGGAUUUGGUCUUCAUGCAGACUCCUACAGGUUUUUGAUUUUCCCCAGCAUGGGCCAAACUCUUCAGUCUUUCAUGGAUGAGGGGGAGGGGAUCCUGUCUGAGAAAGUGGUGCUUCAGCUGGCCUGCAGAGUAUUGGAUGUGUUGGUGUUCAUCCAUGAAAAUGAGUAUGUUCACGCAGACAUCCACGCUGAAAACAUCUACAUCAGCCCAGCACAACAAACACCGGUAUACCUUGCAGGGUACUGCCAUGCUUUCCGCUACUGUCCUGGUGGCCGGCAUGUGGAGUACCGCGAGGGCAGCCGAACACCACAUGAAGGAGCCAUAGAAUUUAUAAGCCUGGAGUCUCACAGGGGAGCAGGUCCAUCUCGGCGUAGUGACCUGCAGGCUUUGGGCUAUUGCAUGCUGCGCUGGUACACAGGGGCACUGCCCUGGACCUCCCUCACACACACACCAGCCCGCGUUGCCACGGAGAAGGAGAGGUACAUGGAGGACGUUCCAGGUCUCCUAAAUCACUGCUUCGGACAAAAGAAAGUCUUGAGUGCGCUGCAGGUGUACCUGUCUCAGGUGAUGGCUCUGCAGUACUCUGACCAGCCGGACUACAAGGCUCUGAGGGCAGGCCUUAGUGCAGCUCUGCAGAAGCUGGGAGGGUCACUGGAGCAACCCCUAGACCUGCAGAUUAAAGCCAUUGGAGGAAGAUGAUCCUUUGGGAUGAAAAUAUACUAAUGGGAUUUUUAGCCAACUGUUUUUAAAAUGCUGACUUCAUGACUGUAUGUGGCGUGAGUCCUGCUGUGUUUUUUAUUCUGCUGGAAGCCACUCAAGGAGGAGCUUGUGAAGGUGUUUCAUUAUGUUCACUGGAGGUUCAGUGCACACCCCCUCAUGGUUAUUCCAGGUUAGUGAGCACUGCUGUACUGUGUUAUUGUCAGCACUGGUUGGCGAUGUGGCAGUGAGUGGGUAGUUAAUGUUUAGCCUAUACAUUUUAUAACAAAGACCCUUUGGUCAGGGGGGUAAUGAUUGUAAGUAUAAACAUUUGCAUUGUUCCAGUUACGUUUUAUAGAUGUUCAUGAUAUGCAUUUUAGGUGAUGAUCCUGAUCACAGGAUAAUACUUUGUUAUUAAAGCGCUUUUAUUAAUUCA